AUGCGCUUUCCACUGUACGCCGCGCUCUUUUCCUCGCUCGCGGUAGCAGCGCAAUGCGGCUUCCAGCAGCAGUGCUCCAAGCUCGCCAGCAAGCUCAAGAUCGAAAAUGCCACCGUCUGGUUCGCCGAGUACGUGGCCGCGGGCACAAACCUGUCCUUCCCCGACGCGCACCCGACAUGUAGCCCGGGGCCAUUGACCGUGGGCGUCGACUUUUGCCGCGUCGCCUUAUACGUUGCCACUUCGAGCCGGUCGGGCAUCAGCAUGGAGGCGUGGUUGCCGCGGAACUGGACCGGCCGGUUCCUAAGCACGGGCAACGGCGGUCUCAACGGAUGCCUCUCGUACGACGACAUGGCCUACACGGUCGAGCUCGGCUUCUCGACCGUCGGCGCCAACAACGGCCACAACGGCACUUCGGGGACCCCUUUCCUCAACAACCCGGACGUCGUCGAGGACUUUGGCUGGAGGUCUGUCCAUACCAACGUGGUUGUCGGCAAGGAAAUCUCGAGAGAAUUCUACGGCAAGAAACACACAAAGUCGUACUACCUCGGUUGCUCGACCGGCGGCCGGCAGGGGUUCAAGUCAGCGCAGUCUUUUCCGGAUGAUUUUGACGGCAUUGUGGCGGGCGCGCCGGCGCUCGAUUUCAACAACCUGAAUUCGUGGUCGGGACACUUCUACCUCCUCACGGGCGCCCCCGGGUCUCCGACGUACCUGACCCCUGAGCAAUGGACCGCAGUGCACGCGGAUAUCAUGGCCCAGUGCGACGGCAUUGACGGCUACGUCGACGGCAUCAUCGAGGACCCUUCACUGUGCCACUACCGCCCGGAGUCGCUGAUCUGCCCGUCCACCAACGCCACCAAUAGCGGCACAUGCAUCACAGGCACACAAGCCAGCACCGUGCGCGCCGUCUUCUCUGAUUUGUACGGCGAGAACGGCACGUUGGUAUACCCCCGUAUGCAGCCCGGUUCAGAGCUGCUCGGCACGCCCUACAUCUACUACUCGGGCAACCCGUUCCAGUACUCGGCCGACUGGUUCCGCUACGCGGUCUACAACAACCCGGACUGGGACCCAGCCACGCUUGGGCCGGCCGAUUACGCCGCGUCAGACGCGCUGAACCCGGCCGACAUUCGCACGUGGUCGGGCGACCUGUCGGCUGCGCGAGAGAGGGGGGCUAAAAUACUGCACUGGCACGGCUUGCAGGACCAGAUUAUUACUAGUGACAACUCGCCGCGCUACUAUGCUCAUGUGGCGCGGACUAUGGGGCUUCCGCCGCGGGAACUGGACGAGUUUUAUCGGUUCUUUCGCAUCUCUGGGCUGGGCCACUGCACGGGCGGGCCGGGGGCGGUGUUUGUUGGACAGGCGCGCGACCAUGUUGCGAGUCUUGAGCCGGAGCAGAAUGUGUUGAUGGCGGUGGUGCGAUGGGUUGAGCAGGGGAAGGCGCCUGAGACGAUUCUGGGUACGGCGUUUGUCAAUGGCACUGCGAGCGGUGGUGAGGUGGCGUUUCGGAGGAGGCACUGCAGGUAUCCGUUGAGGAAUGUGUAUACUGGGCAAGGGAACCCGAAGGAGCCUGGUAGUUGGAAGUGCGUUGUGUGA